CGCUACGUCCCCCCCCAGCAGGAGGCGUUCAGCAUCCAGCUCAUCUCACCUGUCAGCUGGGAGGCCAUCCCCAACACCAGGAUUGCCCUGGAGGAGUGGGAACACGUCACCUGCAUGAAGACGGUGUCGCUGCGCUCCGAGGAAACCGUGUCCGGCCUCAAGGGCUACGUGGCCGUGGGCACCUGCCUGAUGCAGGGCGAGGAGGUCACCUGUCGUGGCAGGAUCCUGAUCCUGGACGUGAUCGAGGUGGUCCCUGAGCCAGGACAGCCCCUGACCAAGAACAAAUUCAAGGUGCUCUACGAGAAGGAGCAGAAGGGGCCGGUGACGGCGUUGUGCCACUGCCACGGAUACCUGGUGUCUGCCAUUGGGCAAAAGAUCUUCCUGUGGAGCCUGAAGGACAACGAGCUGACGGGGAUGGCGUUCAUCGACACGCAGCUCUACAUCCACCAGAUGAUCAGCGUCAAGAGCUUCAUCCUCGCCGCCGACCUCAUGAAGAGCAUCUCGCUGCUGCGCUACCAGGAGGAGAGCAAGACGCUGUCCCUCGUCAGCCGGGACGCGAAGCCACUCGAGGUGUACAGUGUGGAUUUCAUGGUGGACGGGUCCCAGCUCGGCUUCCUGG